GGCAGUGUACGUCUCGAGCUCAGAAGUGUGGCGAGGACUCGCGCUUUGAAGUUUCGUCGAGGUUAGUGUGCGCGUGCAGAAGACAUGUCGGGCGGCAGGCUGAUGAGAGCCAUCAGAGUGAGCGAGUUUGGUGCGCCGUCAGUGCUCAAACUCUGCUCAGACGUGCCUGUCCCUCAGCCUGGACACAGACAGGUGCUGAUUCGUGUCCACGCCUGUGGAGUGAACCCAGUGGAAACUUACAUCCGGGCUGGGACAUUCGCCCGAAAGCCUCCUCUGCCAUACACACCAGGCACAGACGUAGCUGGAGUGGUGGAAACUGUUGGAGAAGGAGUUACAGCAGUAAAG